AUGGAGUCACAUGGAAAGAAUGUACCUAAACCUUCUGAGGUUGCUGCCGAGUUUUGGACAAGCCACAACACCUUGAUCCCGUAUCACGUUGCAUGGAAGGCUAGAAACAAUGUGUUGGAGAGGACAAACGGAAGCUUUGAUGAGAGUUUUAGACUCAUACCAAGUCUGUGUGAAAUGAUCGAAAGGACUAAUCCCGGAUCAAUUUCUACUUUCACUUACGGAAGAAAUGUGGUUGGGCUGGAUGGUUGUCACCUGAAGGGAAAGUAUGGUGGAUGUCUACUAUCUGCCACUGCUCUUGAUGGGCAGAAUGGAUUGGUUCCUUUGGGUAUCAUGGUUUGUAGAAACGAGCACAUGUAUGCAAACUUCAAAAUGCACUACAAGGGAUCUAAACUACACACACUAUUCUGGAAUUCUGCUAGAGCUUAUAUUCCUAAACACUUUCAGGCACACAUGGAUAGUAUGAUGUCAGAGAAUGUUAGUGCUUGUCAGUAUUUGAUGGGCGAGGAUCCUAAAAGCUGGGAGAAACCUGUCUGCAAGCUAGUUUUGAUGUAUGUACAGCUGGUGAUGGGGCUGUUUUACAAGAGAAGAAAUGCUUGUGUUGGAUGGGAUUCUGGGGAUUUGGUUCCUACUGCCAAAAAAUUAUUGAAGAAGAUGUUUAAGAAAACAGGGGAAUAUAAGCAGUUGAGGGGUUUCCCCUGUCAAUACGCAGUCUGUGCUCUGCAGCAAAUCAGGCCCAAUUGGGUUGAGUAUUGUGCCAGAUACUACUCAGUGGAUAACUACAGGACCACCUAUGCCCCUUAUAUGGUGCCAUUGGAAGGUCCUGAGGACUGGGAUGAGGUUUACCUUAAAUAUCUGUGUGUAUCUACUUAA